CUAGAAUCAGUCCCUCCCCAUAUCUACAUCUCUUUGCCCCACCAUUUCUGAAGCUGCCUCGAAGUUCCCCUUCCCCUUCCCCUCUUUAUAUUUCACCACGUUAUGUUCAUACCUUCUCUUUCUUAAUUGAUUCAUCUAUAUAUAUCCAUAGCCCGCUUCCAUCUCCACCUCCCUCAAUUCUUUGUCUCAAAUCAAUCCACUUUUCAUCACUCCAGCAGCUACAACCUAUACUUGUUCAUAUAUAUAUAUAUAUUUAUAAUCUCCUCCACAUGCAACAGUCGAGCAAUUUCCAUGGCGGCGGCGGCGGAGUUAGCUCCAUCUACAGGGGAGUUCGGAAGCGCAAAUGGGGCAAGUGGGUAUCCGAAAUACGCGAGCCGGGCAAGAAGUCCCGGAUAUGGCUGGGAAGCUUCGAGACGCCAGAAAUGGCGGCCGCCGCUUACGACGCAGCGGCAUUGCACCUGCGCGGCCACGAGGCGCGGCUAAAUUUUCCGGAGCUGGCCAGCAGUCUUCCUCGCCCGGCGAGCUCCAGCGCCGAGGACAUUCGCAUGGCCGCUCACGAGGCGGCUUUGCGCAUGAAGAAGCCCGCCGGAGAGGCCGAGGUUGGCGGCUCCAGUUCGGCUCCCGGCGGACCCGUUACGGUUGGACUUUCUCCCAGCCAAAUUCAGGCCAUUAAUGACUCGCCCCUGGAUUCGCCGAAAAUGUGGAUGGGCUUGACGGACGCUCUCAUUGUGGAAGAUCCCCGGGCCUUCUUCUCAGGCGACGUUGAGAUGAGCGAUGAAUGGGAUGAAAACGAAAUGGCUGCUCAUUCCCUUUGGGACCCUUAAAUUAAAUUCGGGGUGUAAACCCCCAUUAAUUUGACUAAGAAUUAAUAUAUAUAUAUAUAGAUAAGGUAUAGUGUCAAUCUUAAUUAUUAAUUGCUCACUAAUAUUACACAUAUUAAUUAUAUCAUCUUAUUGUGAUUCACAGCA